UCAACUGACAGCUGGCAAUAAGUUAGUAUUCGGCAAGUGGCAAGUGGCAAUCUUUUCGUGUCUAAACGAUCUUUUUCCGGCUCUUGUGUCAAACAAAGUAGGCCCAAACAUGAAGCAAAUUGUAGCAAAUCAGAAAGUCAAAAUCCCAGACGGGCUUACGGUCCAUGUGAAAUCGCGUCUGGUGACAGUUAAAGGGCCCCGCGGAGUUCUCAAAAGGAACUUCAAACACUUGGCUGUUGACAUUCGCAUGGUAAACCCUCGUCUCCUGAAGGUUGAGAAAUGGUUCGGAUCCAAAAAGGAGCUUGCCGCCGUGAGGACAGUCUGUUCACAUGUAGAGAACAUGAUUAAAGGAGUAACUAAAGGCUUCCAAUACAAGAUGCGUGCUGUGUAUGCUCACUUCCCCAUUAACUGUGUCACCACUGAGGGUAAUUCAAUUAUUGAGAUACGUAACUUCUUGGGUGAGAAAUACAUCAGAAGGGUAAAGAUGGCACCUGGUGUGACUGUCGUUAACUCUCCAAAACAAAAGGAUGAACUAAUCAUUGAAGGCAACUCUUUGGAAGAUGUCUCUAGCUCUGCUGCUCUCAUCCAGCAAUCUACUACAGUCAAGAAUAAGGAUAUCAGAAAGUUCUUGGAUGGUCUUUAUGUAUCUGAGAAAACAACUGUUGUGCUAGAUGACAUAUAAAAACAUUAAAUAAGUAUAAUAAUA